UUGCCACACUUAUUUUAGUGUCUCUUUUCUUCUUCUCCCUAUUCUUUUUUGAACAAGGGUGUCACCCGCUCCGUUAAGCAACCAGAGCGAUCUAAAUUCUAAACCCUAACGUUGGUUGCGUUUCUGGAGAGAAAGAAAGAAAGAAAGGAAGAAAAGGAAGAAAUGCCUCGGGAGAUCAUAACGCUUCAGGUAGGGCAAUGCGGCAACCAGAUCGGCAUGGAGUUCUGGAAGCAGCUCUGCCUCGAGCAUGGCAUCAGCAAAGAUGGCAUCCUCGAAGACUUCGCCACUCAGGGUGGUGACAGGAAAGAUGUGUUCUUCUAUCAGGCUGAUGAUCAGCAUUACAUACCACGAGCUCUGCUCAUCGACUUGGAGCCUCGAGUUAUUAAUGGCAUUCAAAAUAGUGAUUACCGUAAUCUCUACAACCAUGAGAACAUCUUUGUCUCGGACCACGGAGGCGGUGCGGGAAACAAUUGGGCUAGUGGAUACCAUCAGGGGAAGAAUGUUGAAGAGGACAUAAUGGACAUGAUUGACAGAGAAGCAGAUGGCAGUGACAGUCUCGAGGGUUUUGUUCUGUGUCAUUCAAUUGCUGGAGGAACAGGCUCAGGUAUGGGCUCAUACUUGUUGGAGACCCUGAAUGAUCGCUACAGCAAAAAAUUGGUUCAGACAUACAGUGUGUUUCCUAAUCAAAUGGAGACAAGUGAUGUGGUGGUGCAACCAUACAAUUCGUUGUUAACACUCAAGCGACUAAAGCUUAAUGCGGAUUGUGUUGUAGUUCUUGACAAUACUGCAUUGAAUAGGAUUGCUGUGGAACGGCUUCAUUUAUCGAACCCAACAUUUGCUCAAACUAAUUCCUUAGUUUCUACAGUGAUGUCUGCCAGCACAACCACUCUUCGAUAUCCGGGAUACAUGAAUAAUGAUUUGGUUGGUCUUCUUGCCUCAUUGAUUCCCACGCCAAGAUGCCAUUUUCUAAUGACAGGAUAUACCCCUUUGACAGUGGAGCGUCAGGCUAAUGUAAUUCGUAAAACCACUGUACUCGAUGUUAUGAGAAGACUUUUACAGGCAAAGAAUAUUAUGGUGUCUUCAUAUGCUCGGACGAAAGAUGCCAGCCAAGCAAAAUAUAUAUCAAUUCUGAAUAUCAUUCAAGGAGAAGUUGACCCAACUCAGGUUCAUGAAAGUUUACAGAGGAUUCGUGAAAGAAAGCUAGUGAACUUUAUUGAGUGGGGUCCUGCAAGUAUUCAGGUUGCUCUAUCUAGAAAGUCACCAUAUAUUCAGACUGCACACCGGGUCAGUGGUCUUAUGUUGGCAAACCAUACUAGCAUCCGACAUCUUUUCAGUAGGUGUUUGAGCCAGUACGAGAAGUUGAGAAAGAAACAAGCCUUUCUAGAUAACUACCGGAAGUUCCCAAUGUUUGCGGAUAAUGACCUCUCAGAAUUUGAUGAAUCAAGGGAUGAAGUUGAGGCUUUGGUUGAUGAAUAUAAGGCCUGUGAGUCCCCAGAUUAUGUCAAAUGGGGAAUGGAGGACAUGAACAAUAUGCUAACAGCAGAAGGCAGUGCUACAUGAUCCCUAGAUCCAAUAUUAGUAGUGUGAAGACUCCACGCAACCCAAGGCACUACUAUAAGGGAGGGAACUGAAGACUUUAUGUAAGCUGGGAGAGGUUUCUGAUGAGCAUUUUCAACUGUUUUGGGGCUUCAAUGGUUUGCAGUGUGAUAAUUUUGGUUUGUAUGGUCUGUUGAUAAUCAUUUGGACAUCCAACCAAGCGAGAAUUAGUACAGAUUCUCACUGUAUUAAUUCGUUUUAGGAAUAUAUUAUAUGACUGAUUGAUCACUGAUGCUUAGGAAAUUAGGAAUCACAUUUUAUUAUCUGGAUCGCUACUUUAGAAUGAAUGUUGAAUAUUUAAAUUGAUGUGGUGCAUAUAGUUACUUGAUUCAGAUUUGCAUGUUA